CGCCACGCACGCACCUCUCCUACCCUCCUCCCUCCUCACUCUACCAUCCUCCUUCUCGGCCUCACAAAGAUCUCCGGAAAUCUCCCGAUUUUCUCGCCCUCUGGGGGAUUCCGUUUCCUCACUGCCUACCCGAACCCCCCAUCCCCGGCGCCGGAUCGAAUUCGAUCCGCGGGGAAGCCCCCCCGUGCCGCCAUUCCCCGGUUCGGCCGCGCCGCGUCCGGCUGUUGUUGAGUCGGUUGCUCUGUUCUUGGGACCUCGUGUUCUUCUUGCCCUGGCCGCGGGGUUCAGCUUGCGGUUGCUUGCGCUUGCCGGAUCUCGUGAUAGAGCUGGGAUGGGCGAGGCCAUGGCGGGAGCUGGAGCCAUUUGAUUUGAUUCCAAGGAGGGGGGGAAGUCGCCAUGCUCGAUUGUUCCUUGGAUUAAUCUUGGCUCGUUGCGCUUUCCCGAGCAAUAAUCUCCCAAUUUCUCGUCCCUUUUUUGUCCUGUUUUUAAGCCAGAGUCUCCGGAUCGCAAGAUCCAAUUCGCGGAGCCCUUUUUUUUGUUCCUCCUCGAUUCGAGACUGUCCCUGUCUGUCAAUCGCUCUCAAUCCCCUUCCUCUUCUUCUACAAAAUCUCGUCUUUUUUUUUUCUCUAUUCUUCACCACCCCCACCGAGAUCCAGUCCUCACCUCCGUUGCAUUCUGCGAAUCUCCUGGCCGCCCUCUGCGGUUGCCGGAGAUGACGUCGCCGGCGACGACGCACGCCUCGCCGUUUGUGCUCUCCGCGCUCUUGCUUAUCUCCAUCCCUGUCGUCUUCCUCCUCGCGCCGCGCCUGCUCCCACCGAAAACGCUCCCCGCUAUACCGGACGCCGACGAGUCCGACGACCUCGCGCUCUUCCGCCGGGCCAUCCUGUCCUCUUCCACCACCAAGCCGGCGCCCUCCUACUUCUUCCACCGCCGCCCAUCGCCCAAGGUCGCCUUCCUAUUCCUCACCAACUCCGACAUCAUCUUCUCGCCGCUCUGGGAGAAGUACUUCCAUGGCCAUCGCCAACUCUUCAACCUCUACGUCCACGCCGACCCCUACUCUGUCCUCGAGCAGCCUCCCACGCCCUCCUUCCGUGGCCGGUUCGUUCCAGCCAAGGCCACGCAGCGCGCCUCCCCCACACUCAUCUCCGCUGCCCGCCGCCUCCUCGCCACUGCCCUCCUCGAUGACCCUUCCAACCAAUUCUUUGCGCUGCUGUCACAGUCUUGCAUCCCGCUCCACCCUUUCCCCACCCUGUACAAUACACUCCUCUCCGACAAUGCUGGCCCUCAUGGCCACCACCGCAGCUUCAUAGAUAUAAUGGACAACGUCUCGGUGCUUCAUGAUAGGUACUUUGCCCGUGGUGAUGAUGUGAUGCUGCCCGAGGUGCCAUAUGAUCAAUUUCGUGCUGGAUCGCAGUUCUUUGUACUGACAAGGAAGCAUGCCAUCAUGGUUGUGAGGGACAUGCGGCUGUGGAAGAAGUUUAAGUUGCCUUGUUUGAUCAAGCGUAGGGACUCGUGCUAUCCAGAGGAGCACUACUUCCCAACGUUGCUAGAUAUGCAGGAUCCUGAGGGGUGCACCAAGUAUACCUUGACGAGGGUGAACUGGACGGAUCAAGUCGAGGGCCAUCCACACACGUAUCGUCCUGGGGAGGUUUCGGCAAACCUGAUCAGGGAGCUGAGGAAGUCAAACGGGACAUACUCAUACAUGUUUGCCCGGAAAUUUGCCCCAGAGUGCCUGGAACCACUGAUGGAGAUUGCGGACUCCGUCAUCCUACGUGACUAGGCCAACAGCAUCCCCCAUUUGGGGGUGUUCGAGUUUGUACACUGAGAUGAAUGAGGGUUGUGAUGUGAUGAACAAGCUCAAGCUGGUCCAUCUAUGCCCUCCAAAUCUUUCGUGAGGAACGACUUCUCCCGUCCUUGCUCUUUCAAGAACAAAGAUUUUCCAGCAAUAGAUGGUGCUGGCUGGAGAGUAUCUUAUGACUUCGAGUUGUCCCUAUGUGAGUAUGCUGUUCAAAGUGACAGUUUCUUGGCUAGUAACAGGGAAGUAGUUAGCACGGUCAUCCUAUGUAGUCCACGGACUUGGAAGCACUCUUGUCAAUACAUGUAGUGAUGAACUGAUGGUUUGUAGCUUUUAUUGCACAUAUAUGUGGUUUGCAGCUUUUAUUGCAUAUAUUUAUAUAUGUCAUGGCUGUUGCUGAUACUAA